UAACCGCCACCAGGAGGACUAAAGAGAGACUUCGACUACUAUCUCUACUCAGAUCCCUUUCGACUCUCGCGCAAAAUAGAUAGACAUUGUUCCCGAACAUUGACACACUUGUUAAUUAUUUUCCAAUUUAGUCAACAUCUUCGUAAGGUUUAGUAAGCGACGUUUGUAUGUGCACAGAAGACUGAAGCCAUAGUUCCUGCUUCUUUGGUUUCACGUUGUUUUCGUUUGCAGAAAUCGUUCGCCUUCGUUGGAGAAACUUAAGUUCAAGUGAUCGUUGUGGAAGAAGGAAUUCGGCAUUUUGCUCGAAAGUUUUGUUAAGUAAGAAGAAAAAGAAAAGAAGAGAAAACCAUGGCAGAAGCCGUUGCUAGUCAGCCAAGCUUAGUGGCCAACAAUCAUGCCCUUUCGCCGAUGAGACCCAGUCCUCAGCCGCUAAUUGCGAAGCAAGAGAAUAACUCUGACAAUUUCUGGAAGUCUCAGUUGAAGAUCCCACCCAAGGAUCGUAGAAAACAGACUAGCGAUGUUACCAACACUAAGGGAACAAGUUUUGAAGACUUUUGUCUGAAGCGUGAAUUGUUGAUGGGUAUCUUUGAAAAGGGAUGGGAGACACCUUCACCCAUUCAAGAGGUUGGAAUUCCUAUGGCUCUGACUGGGCGUAAUAUCCUGGCUCGUGCUAAGAAUGGAACUGGAAAAACAGGUGCUUAUUGUAUACCAGUUUUGGAACAAGUAGUUCCGUCUGAGCAGCACAUUCAAGCAUUAAUUGUUGUGCCAACACGUGAACUGGCAUUGCAAACAAGCCAAAUCUGCAUUGAACUAGCUAAACAUUUGGAUAUUCGUAUCAUGGUGACUACUGGUGGUACUGACCUGAAAGAUGACAUUAUGAGGAUCUUUGGAAAAGUUCAUGUUGUGAUUGCCACUCCUGGUCGUGUUUUGGAUCUUAUGGAAAAGAAGAUUGCAGUAAUGGACCGUUGUAAGGUCCUUGUUUUGGAUGAGGCUGACAAACUGCUCUCUCAAGACUUCAUGGGAAUGUUGGAUCGUAUAAUUUCGUUCCUACCAGCCAAGCGCCAAAUUUUGCUUUAUUCGGCAACUUUCCCUGUAACUGUCGAGGAGUUUAUGAGGAAACACAUUGAUAACCCAUAUGAAAUCAAUUUGAUGGAAGAACUAACACUGAAAGGUGUCACGCAAUACUACGCUUUCGUCCAAGAACGGCAAAAAGUGCACUGCCUCAAUACGCUGUUUUCUAAAUUGCAGAUCAAUCAAAGUAUUAUCUUCUGCAACUCCACUCAACGUGUGGAACUUUUGGCUAAGAAGAUCACUGAGCUGGGCUACUCGUGCUAUUACAUUCAUGCCCGUAUGCAGCAAGCUCACAGAAACCGCGUCUUCCAUGAUUUCCGUAAUGGGCUGUGCCGUAACCUCGUGUGCUCCGAUUUGUUCACUCGUGGUAUUGACAUCCAAGCUGUGAACGUGGUCAUCAACUUCGACUUUCCCAAGAUGGCUGAAACUUACCUGCACAGGAUUGGUCGUUCGGGUCGGUUUGGACACCUGGGUAUUGCUAUCAAUCUGAUUACUUACGAAGAUCGUUUCGCCCUGCAUCGCAUUGAGAGUGAACUUAGCACUGAAAUCAAGCCCAUUCCUAAGGUCAUUGACAAAUCCCUCUACGUGGCCGAGUUCCAAGAAGAUUCCGAGGAGCAAUCAGGAAAGUAAAAAGGCGAGAGAAUGUCUUCGAAAAGCGCAUGCAUCACACAACGUCAUGAUAGGACACAAAAAAAUUGAGAAAAAAGAAAAGAAAAUGAAUCCUGUAAGUGAAAUUUAUGAAAGGUCGUUCACUGGGACCAAAUGUAUUGAAGAUCAGAAUUAAUGAAAAGCACUCAUUAGCAAUUGGAGGAGUGCUGCAGCAUGUAGGGGAAAAAAACCAUUGUACAAGAGUAAAAACAAGGAUAACUUUAAGCAUGCGCUAUCGAAAGACCGUUGUAAAUAUGUAAAUUCUCACGGUGGCGAAGAGCCAGUUUUUUUUUUUUCA